AUGGGAAAUUCUGCGCCCCUUUACGUCUACAAAAUUGUCUCGUCUACUUGUCCUGUUCGAGAACCACUUCCCGAUCGACUUCCAGUCAGCGAUAUCGAUCAAACUUCAGGAUUCAUCCACCUCUUAACAGCGCGGCAAGUGCCAAAUGUCCUCAAAGCUAUUUAUGAAAGCGAGCCAAUGGUAUAUGUUUUGCGGAUCCCGCACGAUAAGGUUGUGCAAAACAUUCGUUGGGAGACAGCGGACGGUGCAUUGAGCGAGGCUCUGCCUGAAGAGGAACUGUGUCCACAUUUGUACAAUGGGCUCAACCUAGGACGAGACGACGUCGAGAGCAUGGCCAUGUGGAUAAACGAGCAUGGAUGGGAAAAUGUUUUACUGCAGGCUGGGCCGUGGCUUUCAAAUUGA